UUAAGUCCGACUAAUUGGAAAAUUAAGUCUACCUAGUCAAUGAAAAGUCAAAAUAACAUAAAUACGAAUAGAUACUAUAAGAGAACGAGACAUUAAUGGAUCAAUAAUGGAACGGGGCGGGACAGGACGAAUCAAAAGUAGAUACGCAUGCUCCAUCCCACACUACUGCGAGUCAAAUAAUACCCGCCCAUAACAAAUAAGUUCGAAUAAUACGCAAUCAGACGGAUUCAAAUUGCCAUCCCACUGCCAAGUAGCCAACGACCCAUUAAACAUUAAACAUUUAAACUCCUUCCUUUUUCAUUCCCUUUCGCCCCUUUUCCCGAUCCGAGUUAAAAAGAAAGGGUUAAGGCAAAAGGCUCUCGACUUUUCCUUCCUUUUCUUUCAUCGCCCACAUAUUUCAGCUCAUACGCUACCUAAAGCCUAUCUCCCCAGCAAGAAAACCAAACAGAGAGAGAGAGAAAGAAACCGCUCUGAAAGCAAAAAAGCUUAGACAGAGAUCGAUAGAGAUCAAUUCAUUACAUGGCGGCAGCUUCCUCCACCACGCAGCUGCUGAGCCUACUAAACCACCACCAGCAGGCGGUGGCUGUUGGCGGCGGCGUGGGAGGAUUUCUCGACCACAACUCGGUCCCGGCGACGUCGGAGAAUCCCACCAACAGUACUAGCGACAACAACAACAACAACAACAGUAGCAAUAACGAUGACAACAACAACAACAACAACCACCUAGGUUUCUUCCCUAAUUUCCCGCUCCACCAGAACUUCAUCUUCUCUCAGCUACUAAUGAGCGGCGGCAGCGGCAGCACCAACGACACCAGCUUGUUAGCUUCCUUGCCUCCUUCUCAUCACGAUCACGAUCACCACCACCACCACCACCAAACCCUAUCUUCUUCUUCUCCCUCCGCCGCCGCCGCCGCCGUCGUCGUCGCGACUACUAGUUCGCCAACUGAGUUGAAGGCCGGUCUCAUAGAUCCCGAUCUGCUUUCCUUGCAGAGAUCCGGUGCAGCUAAUAAUCUCUGGGGAUGGGGAGAUUUGGGCGGCGGAGAAUGCAGGCUAACAACGCCCGCUGCCGGCGGCAAGAAGACAACCGUCAGCGCUAAUUAUAGCUAUGGCGACAAUAAUAACAAUAGUAACGGCAAUAUCGACGACGGCGGCCGUCACCGUUUUCCUGGGGUUAAUAAUAGCGACGGCAGUAACUGCGUGGCCAGUAACGGCAACAAUGUGUCGGCGGCGGCGAUGAAGCUGAAGAAGAUUAGGGCGGCGGGAGGCGGCGGAGGGUGCAGGAAGAAGGUGAGGGAGCCGAGGUUCUGUUUCAAGACGCUGAGCGACGUUGACGUGCUCGACGACGGCUAUAAGUGGCGGAAGUACGGCCAGAAAGUCGUCAAGAAUACCCUCCAUCCCAGAAGCUACUACCGGUGCACGAAGGACAGCUGCAGGGUGAAGAAGAGAGUGGAGAGACUGUCCGAGGAUCCAAGAAUGGUGAUCACAACGUACGAAGGCAGGCAUGCACAUUCCCCAUCCCACGACCAAGACGAAGACGGCCACUCUCCUUCUCAUCUCAGCAACUUUUUCUUCUAAUAAUUAAAAUAUAUAUAUAAUUAAUGAACCUAAUGAUUAAAAGAAAAUAUAUAUGUAUAAUUUACUUGUUAUUUUUUCGUUCGAUAAAUCUUCGAUCUAUGUAUGUAUAUGAUCGUCUGUAUUAGUUACGUUGGUACGUGCUUUGUUUUGCGCCUUUGAAUUUGCUAUAUGGUUUCUCGUGAACGAUAAUAACCGGGCCGGGGCUGCUGCUUACUUUUUCAGUCUUGUUUGAGAAUGGGCUUGCAUGCAUGCAUGGGCUUCCAAAGACAUCAGGUCCUUUAUGGACCAGCUCAUUUUCUCUAGUCCGGCCGUUGUUGGCCCAAAGCUUCAUCGGGCUUUCCUCCUUGGAUGCAUAUAGAAGACUUCCAAGCACCUAAAACAAAGGUUCAGGAAAACC